UAAGCAACAAAAUCAUUAACAGUUCACCUUGAUGUCAUAGGGCUGCCCAUAAUUACACCACUUGUGUAUUGCAAGUCCUCAAAUGGGCUUCUCCAGCCCUUGCAGACCCACAGCUUCAUCACGCAAAGCCUGCUGUGACAGGGUUGUUAGAGCAGUCCAGUCAAAGCCGGACUAAAUCUGAGGUGUAACGAACAACCAUGUAUUUUAUAGUGUUGACACAGCCAUUCUGUUCUGCUUACGGUGCGAGAUGCUAAGGAUGUACUCGGGCAGCUCGGAAAGCCCCUCACACUGCUGUGGACUCUGCUGGACUGGUACUGAAGAACCCUGGAUGGCGGGACUCAUGGAACUGAGCCUGCCUAAAUUAGAAGUUAGUUGUCAUUUAAGCCAGACUGACAUUGAGAUUAAACGAGAGGAGGAUUUCACCCGAAUCCUGCAAAUGGAGGAAGAGUACAUCCAGCAGUUGUGUGAGGACAUUAUCCAGAUGAAACCUGACGUGGUCAUCACAGAGAAGGGCAUUUCAGAUUUAGCUCAGCACUACCUCAUGCGGGCCAAUGUCACGGCCAUUCGCAGAGUCCGGAAGACAGACAAUAAUCGCAUUGCUAGAGCAUGUGGGGCACGGAUAGUCAGCCGACCAGAGGAACUGAGAGAAGAAGAUGUUGGUACAGGCGCGGGCCUAUUGGAAAUCAAGAAGAUUGGAGAUGAGAACUUCACAUUCAUCACUGAGUGCAAAGACCCCAAGGCCUGCACCAUUCUUCUUAGAGGAGCCAGCAAGGAGAUACUCUCGGAAGUAGAACGCAACCUCCAGGAUGCCAUGCAAGUGUGCCGAAACGUCCUCCUGGACCCUCAGUUGGUGCCUGGUGGUGGAGCCUCGGAGAUGGCUGUGGCCCAUGCCUUGACAGAGAAAUCUAAGGCCAGGACUGGUGUGGAACAGUGGCCGUAUAGAGCUGUGGCCCAAGCUUUAGAGGUCAUCCCUCGUACCUUGAUCCAGAACUGUGGAGCUAGUACCAUUCGUCUACUCACCUCCCUUCGAGCCAAGCACACACAGGAGAAUUGUGAGACAUGGGGUGCGAAUGGUGAGACUGGUACCUUGGUGGACAUGAAAGAGCUGGGUAUUUGGGAACCGUUGGCUGUGAAGCUGCAAACAUACAAAACAGCGGUGGAGACUGCAGUUCUGCUUCUGCGGAUUGAUGACAUUGUCUCUGGCCACAAGAAGAAGGGUGAUGAUCAGACCCGGCAAAGCAGUGCUCCAGAUGCUGGCCAGGAGUGA